AUGGCCGAGCUCGUAAUCGGUGUUCCGGGCCUCAUCGACGUGAUCAUACGAGCAGGCUCCCAGAUACUGAAUAUUGUGCAAGCCUACUCCGAGCAGGAUGAAAUCCGAGCCGACUACAUGAGACUUGGGAGGGACAUAGCUAUGGGCGGCAUGUCGUUCUACUUCCUUGAAACGGUCAAACGGGCCUUGAAGGACCCCAGCCUACCGAGCACUGCCAAACAGAUGUUUGAAUCCUCUAUUCGGCGCUUCUACGACAGACUAGCAAUAGCCCUCAUCAAGCUAAAAAGUUUAGCGCCUUCCAGGUUCUCGGGACGUGUGUCCUACGCCCUGCAUGGAAAGAACGAACUGAGGAAGUGCAUGCACAGUCUCAAGGAUGAGAUAGAUGUUUUGCACAAGCUAUGCAUCGAGUUCUCGCUUUUCUCUAUGGGUGUACAUUCCAGUAUUCUCUCGCGGGAGAAUUUCGCGCUGAUCCAUGAGUCCGAAAAUCACCAUCCUGGAGAGUAUCUUCCGACUUCGGACAUUCUGGUCGCGAGAGGGGAGUUGAAUCUGGGCCUCGGUAAGACAACGGAGACUUUCAUCGUCGAGGGGAAAACUGAUGGCGAGGCCAAUCUGCGCUCCCUGUGUGACACCUUUCGGUCGAGAAGCUUUCCCGCCGGAAUACCGGAGUGCGUUGGGUUUCGCAUGCCCCCGUAUCGCAAAGCGAUGGCGUGCUACGAGUUGAUUUUCAAAGCCCCAGCUGGUGGAUCUUUGAUGUCCUUGGCGCACCUUAUCUCCUAUAGCGACCCUCCGGGAUUUGAGACCCGGCUGGACCUCGCUAGACAGCUUGCACAGGCCGUCGUGCAUGUCCACGAAAUAGAAUUCGUACACAAGAAUAUUCGUCCGCGGUCGAUACUACUAGUAGAAGGGAGUUCCCUGGGGAAUGACUCGCUCGCGGUGUUUCUCCUGAAGUGGACCGCUGCCCGGAACAUGGACUCCGUCUCGGCCCAUCUGGGCGAACACCUGUGGCAGCAAGCUAUCUACCAACAUCCAGACCGGCAAUCCGAGUACGCAAUGGCCGGGUUUGAGCCACGCCACGAUGUCUACAGCUUAGGAGUCUGCUUGCUUGAGGUAUUUCUCUGGAAAUCGUUCACGGUCGCCGAGCCUCCCCCAAAGCUCGCGUUGUACGGUUCUGCGGGCCCCGGUGAUGGCUUGGAUCAGGAGCUCACAUCCCCAGCGUGGAUCCUUGAUCUUUUUCAGAAGAAGUUGGUGGAAAUCGGUGAGGAGCCUUCGUUACUAAGGACGGAUACUUGUGAGUUGAUGACGCUGCAUAAGCUGUCUCAGAAGAUUUGGGUGAAUCUCGCUGCGACGGAGCUGGUGAAGGAAUACCCGCGAGUUGCUGAUAUCAUCGUUCAAUGUCUUCAAUUACAUCUUUGCCGUGCUUCUGAUGUCUUAAGCCAGUUGGGAACUGUGUAG